UGUGAUAUGCUUGUCUUGGAAACUUAAGAGCCGCCAAUACACUAUCGGAACUUUUUCUUCCUUUCAUCUCAUCUUUCUGUCCGGUCUUCUGCUGCUGCUGCUACUCCACGGUCGUUCUCAUCUGCCUCACUGUUAGCAUGGCCCUCCGCCGACAGUCCAGUGUUUCCCUCCCUCCCGCCUGAGAUUCCAAGAUACCUUAUUCAGCAGCCUGACGACCAUUUUGUUCGCUUUGUUCGGAUAAUACAGCCAAAGUCACUCUACGAAGAGUCCUCGAGAACGGCACGUGAGCCUCGUCGGGGUCCGGAACUCCUCCCAGUUCACAAUGCAUCAGCAUCCCAGAACGCCGCCGGUGACGGCGUCACCAGCGAAUUCGGCGCGGCCCAACACAGUACGAAGCAACCUCUCGAGAGAGUCGGAAGCGGGAUCGUCGAGUCCACAGAGUGGCGAGGUUGGAACGAAUAACCCGAGAGGGCUCGGUAUAGAGACAGAGACUGAGUCGUCCGAGCAGGCCCAGAGGAACCCAGCGCCUGCGAAAGAGGCCAUAGCGAAGCUGAAUCAGAUUAUCUCGAACUACCAUACAAAAGCGGCCCUCAUCAUUCUUCAUGCGCGAGUCGAUCUUCCUCGGGUCUACAACAAGGGUUCCGAUACCCCGAGGGUCAACCGCUGGUUUAAUGUCGAACUGGAUGAAACGGAUGUACUACGAGAACAUCUGCGAACAUGGAGAUCCUGCGAUGCCCGCGACAAUCGACCACCCCCUAUGAUUAUCGAGACAUACCUGGAUGGCGGUGAACUCACCAACAACCAAAGUCUCGUUAUUAUCGAUGAGAAUGGGAAACGCUGGGAUGUUCUUGAGGCACUAGCUGCCUCUCGAGGAGCGCCUUCCGCAAGAUUGGCUAAGUCCAGCCAGAAUGAAGUGAUCCUAGAGCGGUGGAGAGUUGAACUUGGAGCAGCGUCGGGAAAACCGCCAGCUGACCUGGGAUCGGUGCUUCCGACAGUAUAUAAAAAGAGUAUCGUCCUAUUUCGGUCAUUGUUCACAUACUCCAAAUUUCUCCCAGCUUGGAAGUUUGCAAAACGUAAUGGCAAGAUGCGAGCGAGUCCAGCCCUGAGAAUGAAGUACCGGAUUCUGCAAGGUACUCCCAGUCAGGAUGCUUCCAAGCUGGACAAUCUAACCACUCCACUCUAUGAGGGUGGGGGGAAGGUCGUGGAGACGUAUUCGUUCGGAUCUACAGACUCGCCCGCGGGUCCGUUCACUGUCCAAGUGACCUAUCGUGCAAGCUGUGAUUUUAGAGUGGACGAUUCCGAAGCGCUUUUGAGCUCACGAUUCAUGGGAGCCGACGAUGAAUUCUUCCGCCCUUCCCUUCCAUCAGACGGGCUCCAUAGGCCAGCUACUCAGAAUGAGGUUGGAUCGCUACCUUCGGGAAGAAAGAUGACAGAACAGCCAGACCCUACACGAGCAUACGGGAGUCUCUCGACUUUCCACCAAGUCGGCCCUCCCAGUGCUAGUCCGAUCUCAACUCUGAGGGCUGCAAGAGAGCUGGGCACCACAUCACCGUCGCCAUCAUCACCUACUAACCGGCUCCUACCAGCGGCCAAAAUUGGACCAGCAGGACGUGCUGCGGUACUUGCAGGAGAAGGAGGGUCUGGAGUCGUUAGACGUCCCUCUAUAUCUUUCCAGCCGUUUAAGGCCCCGCCUCUAUCGGCCUCCCCCUCGUUGGUAGACCCUCCUAUUUCUUCUGCAACUGCCCGUACACCGCCGACGGGGAGCUCCGACUCCAAGAAUAUGCCCCCUCCGACAACGACAGGGCCCUUCACGCGUAAGCCAAUUGCUAUUUCUCCAGAAAAUGCCAUCGCUUCCUCUAAUUCGGCCUCGCCCAAACCGGCUCCGAUAUCGAGGUACAGUAGCUCCUUCAGCCACCGUCGUGGUCGUCUCUCUUCGGGAGGUGGGACAACUCGAACAGAAGAUGACACUUCGAGCGGUAAAGCAAGUGCGACGUCCUCCGCCGCCCAACCGGGCUCUGGCUUACUAGCAGACCCUACCGGAACGAGCGCUGAUUCCAUUCAUGCGGACGACGAAAAGAUCUCUGAAUUCUUGAAAUUGCUCGAUAUGAGGAAGGAUCUGCUAACACCUGCAAAUACGGCGGCGGUAGAUGCUACGACACGCAAGACGUCCGCCGCUCUGACACGCUUUCAGCGUAUGAGAGAUUCCAAUACCGCGCUCUCUGAGUCCAUGUCAUCCUCACUUCUUAUGCAGCGAUCGUCGGCGUCGUCUAGCAGACAGCUCUCCAGUGUACCGCCUAUGGUGGCCGGCACUUCCAUAUCGACAGCUUCCUCCCCUGGGAAACCUAUUUCCCCUCAUACUCCCCAUACUCCUGCCAUUCCGUCAAGGCUAAGCUCUAAUAGCAUUGUCGAGUAUGGCGAUCAAGAUGUGGACCGACGUCCCCAGGUUUCGCGCAGGGGGCACAAUUCCCCACCGGAUGAAAACACAAGCGAUGAACGAAAACCAUCAGGUGCUGCGGCCAUCGACAUACCCACAUCUCCACGCCCUCAACCAUAUCGACGGCCUAGUUCUGCCGCCCAGGAUGGGCCCGGCACUGUCGUUGACGAUGAUGACAUCUUCCCGUUCGGGAUGCGCAGUGUAAGUUUGGGCAAUGGCGAUGGAUCUCACUUGAGCCUCAGUGCUCGCCUUCGACAGCAGGAGUUUGAGAACGCACCGCAAAGUGUUGAUCAGUCACGGGCAGAUGAGCAAUCGUCACCUGCAAAUGAUGAUACGGCUGCCCCUAGCAGUGCUACUGCCUCCGAUUCCCAACGCGGAUCUCUCUCGCAGCGAGGUGGAUUCACUAGUAAUCCAUACCAAUCUCGCCUUCCUCGAGGGCAAGGUUCUUCUGGCGGUCCUCAAUCUCACAGUUCGACGUCUAGCAGUCUGGCGCGUGCAAGUGCCAUUCCACCCCACCUGUCUGAACGUGGUCGCGGUGAUAGUGGCAGCGGCAGCAGCAGUAGUCACUCGACUACAGAUAUUCGACGAGGCACAGGGCAAAGAUCGAAUUCCGGACGCUCAUUCACACAUUCAGCGCCCUUAGAGGAAGAUGAACCGCUGCUUUUCGCCAUGAGCGACUUCCAAUCCUCCAGACGAAGUUUGGAAGAAGGCAGGACCGGAAGCAGUGCUGGAGACUCGGCUGGAAAUUCGACUGGAUCCAGACCCAACAGCGGACGAAGGGGCACCGGUUUUCCCGGCUUCCAUGCGUGGCAGUAGACCAUACUUUCCAGCAGCUCGACCUCGAAAGACGGCAUAUCACUUAGGCGAUUCCGCCGUCGGGAAAUGGUCGUCCAAUCGAAACUCAUGUCUUCUCAAUUAGGCUCCGCCCAAGCACCUUGACUCUGACGGCAGCUUCAUACUCUGUCCCUCAAUACUUCCUGCACCGUGGUGUCAUCCGGUGUCUUGAUAUAUGACCUGUCUCGAUACUAAAGUCUUACAUCCGAGCUCUGACAGCAGUAUAUCAUAAUUUUCGAAUGCCGCCACGCUGGCGCAAUAUAAUCUGCGCUCACACUUCACAUACUUCUUGCUGUCUAUUUCUUUAUCUCUUUUCUUCGCUCCUAU